AUGUCAUCAGACGAAGCCCCAGUAUUAGACGCGAACGGACAGCCACUGACCAAAUCUGCCUUGAAGAAGCUCAAGCAGCAACAAGAGAAAGACGCAAAGAAAAAAGCGGUCCAGGACCGUUUGGCUGCAGAGCAGAAGGACAAGCAGGAGGCCAAUGCCAUCGACACAGCUGCCCAGAACUACGGCCCUAUCUCCGUGCACUCCCAGCAACGCACACACAUCCCACGCACCCAAAUUGAACACAUAAACGCAUCACUAAACAACCAACACAUUACAAUCAGGGCUAGAGUCCACACUUCCCGUGCCCAAGGCGCCAAAAUGGUAUUCUUCAACUUUCGCCAGCAGGAUAAAUCCAUCCAAGGUGUUCUCGUUGCCAGCGAACCCGCCGUCUCGAAGCAGAUGGUUAAAUGGGCUGCCUCACUCGGCGACGAAUCGAUCGUCCUUAUUGAAGGCUCCGUGCAACUCCCAAAGGAUCCCGUUAACUCUGCAACCCAACAUGACGCUGAAAUCGCUAUAGAGAAGCUCUUCACUAUCUCUGACGUACCUGGUGGCUCUCUCCCAUUCACCAUCGAAGACGCCUCGCGCCCUGAAGCUGAGUACGAGAAAGAAGACGCUCAAUUUAACAAGGUCCACUUGGAAACCAGACUCGACAACCGUGUCGUCGACCUCCGCACUCAAACCAACCAAGCCAUCUUCAAAGUCCAGUCUGCCAUUUGUCGCCUCUUCAGGCAAUCUCUCGACUCCAGAGACUUUAUCGAAAUUCACUCUCCUAAGCUCAUGGGCGCCGCGUCUGAAUCUGGUGCGUCUGUCUUUAACGUCUCCUACUUCAAAUCCCAGGCUUUCCUUGCUCAGUCCCCACAAUUGCCAAAACAAAUGUGCAUAGCAGCCGAUUUUGAGAAAGUCUACGAAAUUGGUCCUGUCUUCCGUGCAGAGAAUUCAAACACCCACCGUCAUAUGACAGAAUUCACUGGUCUCGAUUUAGAGAUGGCGUUUGAAGAACACUACCACGAGGUCGUCGAGGUGAUGGACGAGAUGUUCAAGACGAUCUUCCGUGGCCUGAACACGCAAUAUGCCAAGGAGAUUGACAUCAUCAAGAAGCAGUUCCCUCACGACGAGUUCGUCUUCCCUGACCAAACUGUUAAGCUGCACUACAAAGACGCGAUCAAGAUGCUUAGAGAGGCUGGUAGAGAGGUCGACGACUUCGAAGACUUCAACACUGAGACGGAGAAGUUCCUCGGUGCGCUCGUCAAGGACAAGUACAACACGGAUUACUACAUCCUCGACAAAUUCCCUCUCAGCUGCAGACCAUUCUACUCCAUGCCUGAUCCUACCGACAACCGCUACUCGAACUCGUACGACUUCUUCAUGCGCGGCGAGGAGAUCCUCAGUGGUGCGCAGCGUAUACAUGACCCUGCCUUCCUCGCACAAAGAAUGCGCGAGCACGGCAUGAAUCCCUCCGACAUGCAGGGCUAUCUCGACGCUUUUGCCGUUGGUGCUCCUCCUCACGCCGGUGGUGGUAUUGGACUCGAGCGCGUUCUCAUGCUCUUCCUUAAGCUCAACAACAUCAGACGCGCCUCCCUCUUCCCUAGAGACCCUAAGAGAUUGGCCCCGUAG